AUGCCGAUUGUUAGUACUUCAAUAUCAUUAUCCUAUCGUUUAAAUGCAUUUUUAAGCGAUACUAAUUUCAAAAAAUCAUGUGAAAUUAUUCUUAAAAAAAGUACACGUAUUGACAAACGUGUACUUAGUAAUGUUAUUGCUCAUGAUAAUUCAGAGCAACCAUUCAUUGAUGAUGGUAAAAAUAUAUAUAUAUGGUAUUUAGCUAUUGGUAGUAUGAUUAAUCCAAUAUCACUAUAUUUACGUGAUCUUACACCACUUAUUUCUUAUCCAGCUAAAUGUCCAAAUUAUCGAUUAGUUUUUCGAGAUAAUUGUGGAAUGGCUGAUAUUGAAUUUUGUGAAGGCGAAGAAUUUCAUGGACUUAUACAUUUAUUACCUAUAAAACAAAUGAUUUAUUUAGAUCAAAUUGAACAUAUGUAUAAACGUAUUAUAGUUGAUACAAUUGAUUAUCAACAAUGUUCUCAUAGUGUUUAUGUUUAUAAAAUGAAUUUAAUUGGAGAAGAAGAAAGACCUAUAAGUAUACCAUCAGAACGUUAUGUAGAUAUUAUUGUUAAAGGUUGUGAACAUUUUGGUGUUCAUACUUCACAUAUUAAUCGUUUAAAACAUGAACAACCAGUUAAACCUCGAAAAUUACCUACAAUGUAUGAAACUAUUAAUAAUAUUCCGAAUGAUAUUUAUUAUACAGAUGAUGAUCUUUUAAAACAUAAUGGAAAAGAUCCAAUGUUUUCUUUAUGGAUAAGUAUUAAUGGAAAAAUAUUAGAAUAUGCAGGUUUACCAUCAGAUGAUCAUCCAGAUUAUGAAAAUCAAAAACAAUUCUAUGAAUUUGUUUUAACACAUUUUGCUGGACGAGAAGUUACUCAUACUAUAUCAAAAACAUGGUAUGAACCAAUGUAUAAAUUACCAUUGAAUGAUGAUGAUUUAUGUGAUGAACAUCGUGCUUUAGCUGAAGAUAUGUGUGUUUCUUGGGGUCUUGAUAGUAGUAAAAUAAAUAGUGAAUCUUAUUGGAAACCAGUUGGAAGACUUCAUCAAAAAUUCAAGAAAAGUAAAUCUUUAUGA